ACACAUCACCCGACACAUCACAUAUCCAUAGAGUCAUAGAGAAUUAACGAAAUGGGAAUAGUUGGAGACGCUCACAACGUUCGGGUUCUCGGGUCGGGUCAGCAGAUCAUAGUCCUUGCCCACGGCUUCGGGACCGACCAGUCGGUCUGGAAGCACCUUGUUCCUCACUUGGUCGACGACUACCGACUUGUUAUGUACGACAACAUGGGAGCCGGUACGACCAACCCUGACUACUUCGAUUUCGAGCGCUACUCCACGCUCGAGGGCUACGCGUACGACUUACUCGCCAUCCUCGAGGAGUUUCAGGUCGAGAGUUGCAUCUUUGUGGGACACUCUGUUUCCGCCAUGAUUGGCGCCGUCGCCGCCGUCCUCAGGCCGGAGCUUUUCACCAAGCUUGUUAUGAUCGCCGCUUCACCAAGGUAUCUGAACGACGAGGGCUACUACGGAGGGUUCGAGCAAGAAGAUCUAGAGCAACUCUUCGAAGCCAUCCGCGCAAACUACAAGGCCUGGUGCUCCGGCUUCGCACCACUCGCCGUGGGCGGCGACAUGGACUCGGUGGCCGUCCAGGAGUUCAGCCGAACCCUAUUCAACAUGCGGCCAGACAUAGCCCUCAGCGUGGCACAGACCAUAUUCCAAAGCGACAUGAGACAGGUCAUCAGCAUGGUGAGGGCGCCUUGCCACAUACUCCAGAGUGUCAAAGACUUGGCCGUGCCGGUCGUGGUGUCGGAGUAUCUGCACCAGAAUUUGGGGGCUGAGUCAAUCGUGGAGGUGAUGUCGUCGGAUGGGCAUCUUCCCCAGCUGAGCUCGCCGGAAAUUGUGAUACCAGUGCUGCUCCGACACAUUAGACAUGAUAUUUCGGCGAAGUGAUCGAAAGUUGAUUGUUAUGCGCUUUAAUAUUUUGUGUAAAUUAGGAGGGGUGGUAAUUAGGUGGUCUGGGGUUAAUUGAUUUUCGUUUUGUGUGAAAAGUGAUUUGAGGUCCCUUGUUGGA